CAGCUCAUCCGCCAUUUUCUACCGUCAGCGGAUCGGAGCAGAAUCGUCGAGUCGAGCUCGCGUCGACCCUCUCGAACCCCGUCAAACUUUAGAUAGUCAUGCCGGUCGAUCCACUGCGUGUCGCGGUCGUGUGCUCCAGCAACCAGAACCGCAGUAUGGAAGCGCACAACAUCCUGAGCAAGCGAGGGUUUGACGUGCGGUCCUUCGGCACGGGGACUCAUGUGAAACUUCCUGGACCGGCUCCGGACAAACCCAACAUUUAUGACUUUAAAACCACUUAUGAGCAGAUGUACAACGAUUUGGUCCGCAAAGACAAGGACCUAUACACACAGAAUGGCAUCCUACACAUGUUAGAACGCAACAAGCGCAUUAAAGUUCGACCGGAGCGGUUCCAGAGCUGCAAGGAUCAGUUUGACCUGGUCGUCACGUGUGAAGAGAGAGUUUAUGAUCAGGUGCUGGAGGAUCUGAACUCUCGUGAGCAGGAAACCUUCCAGUCGGUUCAUGUCAUAAACGUGGACAUUCAGGACAAUCAUGAGGAAGCCACGCUGGGAGCGUUUCUCAUCUGUGAGCUCUGCCAGUGUAUUCAACACACCGAUGAUAUGGAGAAUGAAAUCGAUGAACUUCUGCAGGAGUUCGAGGAGAAAAGCCACAGACCGUUCCUACACACCGUCUGUUUCUACUGACACACACAUUCAGCCCCCUCGAUCUGAACACACUCAGGCUUGUUGCCAUGGCAGCAGAGAAAAGGCAUGACAACCCCUCAUUUACAUGCACAGUCACGUGAUACACACACACAAACAUAUAUAAGCAGUCCGGGCGAGAGAUUCUCUCUCUCUCUGUCCUUCUGUUUACGGUCAACGUCUGUCUCUGCAUGCCGUCUGGAGAGAAACAUUGAUCAUUGAUUUCUGCCACAUCACGGCGUGUGAUUGGUCCGUUAGGUGAAUGAUUCCAGCAAAUGAUGUGGACUCAGGACGGCUCUAGGCUGAAUGUGGUUUAGUGUCAGAUUCGAGCCGAUCUGUGUUCAGUACAAGAAAACCCCUCAGACGUCCAGGGUAUGGUUGAGACUGGUUUGUGUUUGGAGAGCUUUAAGCUCCUGAUGUUUAACUCUGGAUGUGAUCCUAUCUUUUGAAUUUCUCAUGAAUUUAUUUCAGUUAUUUAAACAUGAGACUUGAAACAUUGGGCUUAAGUGUUUAGUUUUCUUUAAUUUUGUAAAUGAAAGGACGUUUCUUUAAUUGUACCUGAAGCAGCCCAGAGUGCCUGAUAUUAUUCUUGUAAAUAUUGCGCUAUAAGAGAGCGAAUGAGUGAAUGAAUAAACUCAAGUCAAUCAAAACUCAA